UUGCUAUGUUGUGUUUGUUUUGUGGAGGGCUUGUGCGACAAUAAUUAUCAAAAAAAAUGGAAAAGAAACCUCGUUUGCGUGCUCCAAAUUUCACUCAAAGUGAUAACUUACUUUUGUGUGACGUAGUCAGCAAAUACAUACAUAUAAUUGAAAAUAAAAAAACUGACGGAGCUAGCCUCCUGCAAAAACAGAGGGCUUGGCUUGAUGUAGCGGAGGAUUACAAUUCAUCCACCACAGGUUGCUCUCGUACUGCAGAAAGCUUGCAGCAAACAUACAAAAAUCUAAAAAAAAGAGCCAAAAAGAAUGCAUCUGAUGAAAAGAUGAAUAUUCCAGUGGAUCCUAGUUUGGUGCUCAAUAUAGAAAAGUGUGGCACAUCUUCCCAGAAUUGUGACUGGGGAGAAGUUUCUUUAAAUACGGGUGCAUUAGAAGAAACGUGCAAAGAAAUGUUUGCAGCAUUAAAUGAGGAAGCAGACACAAGCGACAUGAUUUCGAAAACUGCUAUUAUGGAUACAGGAGGAGGGCCACCACUUAACGCUGACAAAGAUCCAGUAUUGGAAAAAGUUAAAGCUCUCACUGGACCUGUUAUGGAUGGUAUUCACACAAUUUAUAAUGGAGAUAACAGUCUUAUAGCAUCCCAAAAUAUACCACCAAUAGAACUUCAUAGUAUUGGAUCAGAUUCUACAAUGCUGGAUAUGCAAGAGACACAAGAUUAUGCUCAGGAUAACGAGACAUAUUUCACUAAUAACAGUUAUAACGGAGCAAAUUUUAAAAAAAGGCCACACCAUUUAUUGACUCGUAAACGGAAACUAGAAACUGAAAGUAAACAGAUCAAAAUGGAGUUACUGGAGCAACAGAAGGAGUUGGUCAAAACUCAGCUGCAAGAGGAACUGGAUCGAGUGGAGCAUAACCGUAUGCUGAGAGGAAUGGAGAUGGAGGAUGCAAAACAAAAGUAUAUACACAAUGAAAAGCUUAGAGAAAUGGAAAUGGAGGAAAUGAAAAGGAGAAACGAAUUUAAUGAAAAAAUGAGGCAUUUUCAAUUAAAAUAAGACAAUGUAUCUUUUCAA